CAAUGUUGAAUUCGGAGCCUGGAUAUAAUGAUUAUAGAACUUUGAUGAUUCCUAUUAUUAUCGGAUCUCUAGGAUCUAUGCUAUUUAUGUAUUUCAAUAAAAUGGGCACCUUCUUUGUCGGAUUGUUUGGAGGAUGCGUACUUGGUCUAACAACAUUAUCUGUUAAAGACAAUGGACUUUUCGGUUCAUACCAAUUCCGCCUUGUCUAUUUG